GCCAAAGCCCGUCACAUGACAUCGACCAAUCCAAGCAGGAAGUGUUUCUGAAAAAACAACGUGACGACACAGGGAACCGGAAUUACCGUCGAGAAUAAUGAAAAACAGUCAACUACGAUAAAGGACGUCUUUCCGAAUGUUUACAGUACAGUAGCCUUAUCGUGAAACGGAGUUUGAAAGAACAAGACAAGGCGCUUUGCGUUGCGCUGCUCUUGAGCGGGUUUUAAUCAACAUCUAAAAUGACAGCAUCGGUUUUUUUCGGGUGCACAUUCAUUGCAUUUGGACCCGCCAUCGCUUUGUUCCUGUUUACUAUUGCCCGUGAUCCACUACGGGUCAUAUUCUUGAUAGCAGGAGCUUUUUUCUGGCUGGUUUCUCUGCUGCUGUCUUCGCUGGUUUGGUUCAUCUCGGUCCAGAUCAGCAACAAGGAGAGUGCCCCACAGCAGAGAGGUCUGCUGAUAUUCGGAGUGGUGCUGUCAGUCUUACUGCAGGAAGUGUUCCGCUUCGGUUACUACAAACUACUCAAGAAAGCAAAUGAAGGCCUUCUUGCACUCAGCCAGGAGGAGACCAUGCCUAUCUCCAUUCGCCAGCUGGCCUAUGUCUCUGGCCUGGGCUUUGGGUUCAUGAGUGGAGCUUUCUCGGUGAUCAACAUCCUGGCAGACUCGGUGGGACCGGGCACCGUGGGUAUCCAUGGGGACUCCCAACACUACUUCCUGUCCUCAGCCUUCAUGACCAUGGCCAUCAUCCUUCUCCACAUGUUCUGGGGAGUGGUGUUCUUCGACGCCUGUGAAAAGAAGCGCUGGUGGUGCCUGGUCAUCGUGGUUGCCAGCCACCUCCUCGUUUCAUGUCUGACCUUCCAGAACCCCUACUAUGUGGGCAGCCUGGUGCCCACCUACAUCAUCAUGUUUCUGAUGGGCGUGUGGGCCUUCUGCUGUGCGGGGGGCUCCCUACGCAACCUCAAGCUUUGCCUAACCUGCAAAGACAAGGACUUCCUACUGGCCAAUCACAGGCCAAGAUAACGCAGUACCUCAGAAGCGACAACAAUCUGGGGGACUAUAUCAAAAGAUCACGGCAAAUCCUUUCCUGGUGGUCUAUGGGAUGAGGCGGAUGAGGUUGUGAUACCUCCUCAAUGUAAAAAAAUCUAUCCCUAGAAAGAAAAAAAACACCGUAUUCAAUGUUUUUGUUUUUGUUUUUAAUUGCUCUAUUGGAUUCUUCUGUCAAUGUGUAAAAAAUGUCCUCCUUUUCCAUCACUCUUUAGAAACAAACACAUCAUUCAAGUAUACCAACGUUGGUGUGCUAUUAUGUGUUUAUUAUUUACGCUCUUCCCUUCACCAUAUGGGCAUUCAGUUCAUUGAGAAGAUGCUUUUGUCAAAAGCGCCUCGCGAGUAGGGCAUAUUGGGGAUGCUAGGGCUGUUAUGCAAAUGCAGGGAUGCUUCCUGUAACCUUGAUACCUGAUUAGGAAUAUUCCUUGUUAGGAACCUACUUUGGGGAAGUGUUUCAACUAGUAGCCCGUCCAGGUAGCACCUCUGUCUAUUAACUGUUUGGAGCUAGCUGGUUGUCGUUUUGUCUCAUUCUUCAUAACGACUAAAUUAAACGAUUAUUUGUAAGAAACAUGAAAGCGGUCAAAUAAAUGUUGUUGCAUCAACAAAUUCAUGUAGUUAGCCUUAAACAUGUGUAACUAAAACAUGAUUCGAACAACUUCUCGGUGGUUCUUGUGAUGCACAGCCUUAUUGGAUAUCUGUCUAGGAUAUCCAAGGAACCAUCUGAUGCCUCCUUGACAUUUUUGAAUAAGGAUGGCACUAUCCCUCCCUAUCCCCAUUAUUUCUACCUACUUAGGAAGCAUCCUUGCAAUUGUGAAACAUCAUUUAGUAAGAAGAAUGGCCUCCAAUGUAUUCAGUGCCAUCAAAACAGCUUUGGUACAGACAUGAGGAUUGAUCCCUGAUGUAUUUACUUUAAAACAGAGAGCAAUCAAAAUGGCAAUCCAAUAUCAAUGUAAAGUGUGCUUCACCACACAUAAACCAAUCACUAACCUGUCUCUUGCGGACCUUGGUACCUGUUGUUUCACACCUGUACUGAUCUGUGAGUGGUAGCACACCCCAUUUUCCUACCUUCCCCUUUCUUUCCAUCACUCACUGCAUAGAAGUGAUCACACCACUUCAACUUCUGUUGUAGCGGCAAAACGGCUGCAAUACUCUGUGGUCAUACUCAGUACGAUAACCAUAGUCAGCUGUUGUAUGUGUAUUGCAAUUUAGUCAUGUAGCCCUUUUCUCUAGAUAAUGGACAUUGCUCUUGUUGCAAUAAUUGUUGAUUCAAUUAAUAAGUCAAUUGGAAUGCAGUUUUACCACACAGUCUGCAGAAAUGAUGUUUUUGUGUGUUGUACAUAAUUCAUAAUUUAGGAUUGUAUUAAGAUCACUGAUAAUGCUUAAAGAUUGGAUAAUAAACAAUGUUUCCACUGGACGAUUGAAGCAAACAAGCAGUUAUUAAUAACUUAUUAUUUUUUUUAUUUCCCUUGAUAUAAACAUUGCACUAGGGGAAUGCCGUACAGCCUACAACUUGAUCUGCAUACAAGAGAUAAUGUAAGCCAUUUUCUGCUUUAGUAGAUAAUUGAUUGGAAAAUAUUGAACACAAUACCAUUGUUGUAUGCUAUAUAAAAUAGGCCUACCUUGUAUUACAUCCUCAACUCAAUUCAAUUAUUGCAUUUUUAUACUGCUUCUUUUUCAGUUUAACACAAAAGGCUGGGACUAUUUCAGAGAAUUUCGUGACCCAAUGGUGGUGCUUUAUUAAAAACAGUAGAAUAAAAUUUAGAGCACAUUUAAAAUAACUAGUUGAGAAAAAUCCCUGUACAGUGCAAAGAUAUCGCAUAGUGGGUACACAAUAGAAACAUCAUAUCAGAGUGGAUAGAUGUCUAAACAGGGCAACAAUAAAUUAACACACACGGCCAAAUAGACAGGUGCUAACUUUAUAAACAACCCACAAAGCGCAUGGAGAGCCAGAGAAGAGAGGCCUGCACAGGAGUCAUGUGGUUCCUCUUCCUGGAGCAAGUCAGAAGCCUGUCAGCAGGAUCGUGGACUAUUUUUAAGAGUCACCAAAGUAUAGGGAGUAACAGAAAUCCAGUCGAGACAAAAUCAUGGAUAACUUGUUCGAAAUUAUGAAAUGAGAAUAAAUAUUGUUGAUGAUAUAUAAAAUACUAG